CUCUAUUUCUUAUUCACUUUUUUUUUAGAAAUGAAUUACGUAGUAUACAGCUAUUCUGGAGACUGUUCAGGUAUGAUGAAUUAAUCGUGUCUGAUAUGUCAAUGGCGGAGAAGAAAGAGAAUGCGUCCUAAGAAGUUAACCACCGCAGCAUUUCCACCGGCAGGCUGCAACAGUCAACACGGAGAAUUCCGGAACAAUUGCGGAGUUGGAGAUUGCCAACUCCAACAAACACCAUCUCCCUCGCUCUCACCAAUCCGCCGCCCACUUCUCUAUCCUUCACCCAUGAUCCACCACAGGAAUUCUCCUUUUGCCCCCCUCGACCCUGUAGAUCUGACCGCCUGAUUCUAACUAUCUCGUUCUUAAAUACUCUUUGAUCACGCCAAUAGACUUCGAGGUUUAUGCUCGGGUGAUUUGGUGUUUGUUAUGGCCACUCUGAAGUCUUCUCGGUCUAGAAACCACGCGUCAGUGACGCCGGAAAGUGCCAGCAGUAGGGAUGCAAUCUCAAACCUCGACGAGAAUAUCAAGAUCUUCAAAGCGGAUAAUUUCGACGCCGAUGGUUAUGUGCAGUCCAAGUGUCACUCCUUGAAUGAAAAGGAAAUCAGGCAAUUAUGCUCAAAACUGUUGGAUCUGAAAAAAGCUUCUGCAGAGGAGAUGCGCAGGAGUGUCUAUGCUAACUACACUGCUUUCAUUCGGACAUCAAAAGAAAUUUCAGAUUUGGAGGGCGAGCUCUCAUCAAUGAGAAGCUUGUUAUCCACUCAGUCUACUUUAAUCAAUAAUUUAGCUGAAGGUGUUCUAAUUGAUUCUUUCUGUGAUGCUCCUUCUGAUCCUACCACCAAUACCACUCCCAAUGGUGGAACAAGGGAACCUUCAGAUAUAGAGAAAUGGUUAAUAGAGUUUCCUGAUCAACUUAAUGUUUUGAUAGCUGAAAGAAGGGUAGACGAAGCCUUGUUAACCCUUGAUGAAGGAGAAUCCAUAGCUUCUAAAGCUGAAGAAAGCAACACACUCAACCCUGACCUGGUUUUGUCUCUAAAAGCUACCAUUGCUGAAUGUAGGCAAAGGUUAGCCGAUCAGCUUGCUGAUAUUGCUAAUCAACCCUCAAGUCGUGGUUCUGAGCUUCGUGCUGCUAUCUCAGCUCUUAAGAAUCUUGGUGACGGUCCUCGUGCUCAUACCUUAUUGCUGGAUGCACAUUCUCAGAGAUACCAAUACAAUAUACAAAGUUUUCGCCCAUCAAGCACUUCAUAUGGAGGAGUGUAUACAGCAUCACUCUCACAACUCGUAUUUUCUGCUAUUGCUCAAGCUGCUACUGAUUCAUUAGCUAUUUUUGGUGAGGAACCAGCUUACACGUCUGAACUUGUAAUGUGGGCUACUAAGCAUACAGAGGCGUUUGCUACUCUUGUUAAAAGACAUGCACUAACAUCAUAUGCAGCUGCUGGGGGCUUAAGAGCCACUGCAGAGUGUGUCCACAUUGCAUUAGGACACUGUCAGUUGUUGGAAGCUCGUGGUCUUGCACUUUCCUCCGUGCUUCUAAGGCUUUUCAGGCCUACUGUUGUGCAAGCACUUGAUGCCAACUUGAAAUGGAUUGAGGAGACUACGGCUGCUUUCGCCGCAGCUGAUGAUUGGGAACUCACUUAUCCUCCUACUUCCAUGCGUCAAUCUACGGUUUAUCAGUAUAAACUUUCUAUUAGUGCUCACCGGUUUAAUUCAAUGGUUCAGGAUUUCUUUGAGGAUGUGGCCCCCCUGCAAAGUAUGCAGUUGGGUUCAAGGGCUUUGGAGGGAUUGUUUAAGAUCUUCAAAUCUUAUGUAAAUAUGCUGAUAAAAGCAUUGCCUGGUUCUUUGGAAGAAGAGAUUAAUGAUGAAGGUUCAGGAAAUACAGCUGUCCGAAUGGCCGAGACCGAAGCCCAGCAAAUCGCUUUACUUGCCAAUGCAUCAUUACUAGCAGAUGAGCUAUUGCCACGCGCAGCCAUGAAACUUUCCUUCACUCAGAAGGAUGAAACUCAACGGAAGCCUGAUAGGCAAAGCCGACAACCUGAACAAAGGGAAUGGAAAAAGCGUCUAGUUAGCGUUGUUGAUAAAUUAAAAGACAGUUUUUGUCAACAGCAUGCGCUAGAUCUUAUUUUUACGGAGGAAGGAGAAAGUCAUCUUACUGCAGAUAUGUAUAUAAACAUGGAGGAUGGUAAUGCAGAUGUGAUGGAAUGGUUCCCUUCUCACAUAUUCCAGGAACUGUACGUAAAGCUAAACAGAGUAGCAGAAAUUGCGGCAGAGAUGUUUGUGGGGCGGGAAAGGUUUGCAACAUUGUUGUUGAUGAGGCUCACUGAAACUGUCAUCUUAUGGAUUUCACAAGACCAGAGUUUUUGGGAUGAUAUUGAGGAUGGACCAAAGGCUUUGGGUCCUCUUGGCCUUCAGCAGUUCUAUUUGGAUAUGACAUUUGUCAGAUUCGUUGCUUCACAAGGCCGUUAUUUGUCUAGGAAUUUGCUCCGUGUUGUCAAUGAUAUCAUAUCUAGAGCGAUGGCUGCAUUUUCUGCAACAGGGCUGGAUCCAGACAGCAUUCUUCCAGAAAAUGAGUGGUUCGAGGAUAUGUGCCAAGAUGCAGUGGUUAGGCUUAGUGGAAGUGCUAAAGCCUCAAAUGGGGAACGAGAUUUGAGCAGUCCUACUGCUUCUGUCUCUGCCCAAUCAAUUUCCUCCUUUAGAUCUCAUGGCAGUUAUUAGUGUUUGGUAAUUUAAUCUUCUUGCACCACCUGAACAUAUUUACGUAUACGAGCAUUUUCUAUUUUUUGAUGCAAUAAUUUUUUGCCUUUAAGCUCUUCUGUUCGGUAUUUCUAUGUUAUUGUUAGACUUAGUUGUUACAGUAAUUGUUAGUUCUUUGUACGGAUGAUAUUAUUUUCCAUCUUUUAAUCAAUCAGCAUCAUUCAUUUUCAUGUUCUUAAUAAUCAUUGUCUACUUCAACUAAAAAUCUCAGGGGAAUAUAGAUUGUUA